UGAGAGAAUUUGUAGUCGGAUUCGAGGCCGCGAUAUAUACGUACAUACUUCCCCAACCAUGCAUCGUCUUGCGCCGAUUGCUUGAUCGAUUCUACCUACAUACGUUCUAUCGAUCGGUCCUGCUCGAUCCAGACGUCACACGCCUCGCUGCCGCCGCCGCGUGCUCGCCGGUACAUGCACGGAUCAAAGACGACGGUGCCGAUCCCUACCGCGACUUGCGGUCCGGUGAACCCAGCCGUGAAUUGCUGGACGAGUCGAGGGAGCAACCGCGCCGCCGCCGCCGCCGCCGCCCAGGGAGUUUUUCUUCUACCACCCGGAGAGGGGGGUUAUGCGCGGUCCGUUCACUUUUGAGGAAAUAGCGCAGUACGCCAGCACCCGUGGUCGCCGGCGACCUGGAACCCGCUCGCAGGCAUCCUCUUCCGCUGCAUCCCCCUCCGAUCAUCCUGGAGCUGAAGGGGCUGUAACUGGAACUCGUGUUCGGCAGAGUGUUCUCUAUUCAAACCACCCAAGGAGGCUGCGACGCAGACGUGAACCAGCACCGACCGAGGAGCGUCCUAGCAAGGUGAGCAGCGGUGAGCUUGGCAGGGCAGUUACAGAUUUGCCAACAUUUGAGGCGCUGUCAUUGGGUGACCCCCCGCUUUUGACCCUUCAAACAACUGAAGAGACCGAUGAUGAUGAUGCAUCUUCUCACCUUCGCAAGCCUGGAGAUCUCUAUACAAUCAGCCAGAAAGGUCUUACAAGAUCUAUGCUGUUGUCGCUCGGUGACUCACUUUUGACCACUGUAUCAGUGGAGGAGCUAUGUAGGACAGAUUCAGAUGUGGACUCGGAGGAUCUGCGCCGUGAGAUUAAGGAAUAUUUAGAUACGCAACCUAGCGACCUCCAGGAAGCUUUCGAUAGAGUUAGAGCUGUUGAGUAUGCCACUCUUACUGCCCUGGCUGUUGAACGGGGUACAGAGCCACCAUGGGACCCCUUCCUUGUUGAUCAGGAAAUACUAUCACUUCAGGCACCACAACAGGCUUCUGCCGUAACUGCUCAGGCACCAAGGAAACCAAGGUGUGAAGACGGAAAGGAUUGGAUGAGGGACGAGGUGAUGUUAUGUUUUGAGAAACACAUUGAGAAAAAUGCGUAUCUUAAGCCGCUUGAGUACAAGCUUGAUGAACUUUGUCACCAAUGCUUCAAUGCGGAGAGCUACAAUAAUGUUUUCCACCAUUAUAACUUCACAAUUAUGAUGAAGAUGCCUAAUUCAGUCGAUUGGACCGUGGAGUUGUACUUUGCCGAAGUGAAGGAGAUGUUUAGGAGAAAAUUCUAUUUCUGCUGUCCUUUGGAGCCCAAUGAAAAUGGUCAUUGUUAUGCAUGCAAGAGCAAAGGAGUGGAGGAUUUGAAGCACCCUACCACGGGUGGAUUUGUGGGCUCACCUAAUGCUCCUGAAUCCAAUUUCUGGUAUUCGGAUGAAGAUGAUGAUGAUGAAGAAGCUAGAAAUUAUUUAAUAGAUGAUGAUGAUGAAGCUGGAAAUUAUUUAAUCAGACUUUUUGAGGCAUAGUGUUAGGUUUGAUGGAUUCAACUUUUUCUGCUGAGGGACAGGUGGAGGGUAGUCAGACAGUUUCCUCCAUGGUGUUAGGUCUGACGUGACGGAUUCAAAUCUUAGAGUAGUUCUGGUUCUAGAAUCUGUGGAUGAUGAUUUGUUUAUGGGAGUACUUUUAUUUUGCGCAUGUGAUACUGAAAUCGUGUUAUUGUUAUUUGUAAUGUUCUUGUCAGGCACUUCCCUUUCUAUUGGAUCUUUGGUUAAGAUAGUGAGCACAAGAGCAGCCUUUGCAGCGUCUCUAGAGAAAUGUAUGAUUGAUGGACUUGAG